AAAAGACCCAUCAUCUUACUCAACUGCAUUCAGUAAAUUUUCAUUCGUUAAACCUUCAUACCAAACUUAAAAAAAUAAUAAAAAUGAAAUUCGCAGUCGUUUUAUUCGCUGUCAUCGCUGUUGCAGCUGCUGCACCACCAAAAAAUAAUCCAUCUGAUGAUGUUCAAAUUCUUAAGGAAUACAAUGACAUCUCAGCAAGUUCUUAUAAAUUCGGUUUUGAGCAAUCUGAUGGAUCAAAACGUGAUGAAACUGGCGAAGUUAAGCUUAUUGGAGAAAAUGAAGGUGUUGUAAUGCGUGGAUCAUACGAAUAUAUUGGACCUGAUGGAAACACAUACAGAGUUGACUAUGUUGCUGAUGAAAAUGGUUUCCAACCAACCGGAGCUCAUCUUGUAGGAAUUGCCGGAAAAUAAAUUUCUCUUUAUUUUCAAUCCAAUUUGUUUGUCAUCAACCAUGUGUCAAGUCAAUAAGCAACCCUUAAUGCUAAGUCAAUUAACACUAAAUAAGCUAUGUGAACCUCAAAGAUCAAGGAAACACCUCAAUCAUAGUAAUUUUGUAAAAAUUUAUCAUUUUAUGCUCACUAUUCAAAGAUCUAUUAAUACAUCAGCUCAAAAGUAAACUCAAAAAGUUCAAUAAAUGUCAAAUGUUUUUUUGUAUUUAAAUUAA